AUGGCGUUAGACAGUUUAGCCGGAUUGCCUAAUUAUAAAUUUGGUGAUAUUGAAGAGAAUGAAAUUCAAAGAAAAGGAUGCGGAAAUUUCUACAAUCAAAUGUGUUUAUCUGUUCCGCCGUAUGAAAAUCCAAAUCAAAAACUUCACGAACUUAGACAAAAAGGAUUGAAAAUUGAUAUUGAUCAUGGAACCACAACAUUGGGGUUUAGAUUUAAAAAUGGAGUUAUUCUUGCUGUUGAUUCGAGAGCAACUGGAGGUCAAUGCAUAGGAUCACAAACCAUGAAAAAAAUUGUUGAAAUUAACAAUUACCUGUUGGGGACACUGGCCGGUGGAGCUGCAGAUUGUGUCUAUUGGGAUAGGGUUUUAGCUAAGCAGUGCAGAAUGUUUGAAUUGAGAAAUCAUGAAAGAAUAUCUGUAGCAGCAGCUAGCAAAUUAAUGACUAACAUGGUGUACAACUACAAAGGAAUGGGUUUAAGCAUGGGUAUGAUGAUAGCUGGCUGGGAUAAAAGAGGAGCUUCCUUGUAUUAUGUGAGUGAUGACGGAACAAGAACAAGUGGCAAUGUGUUUUCUGUAGGAAGUGGAUCAAUUUAUGCUUUUGGUGUAUUAGAUACAGGCUAUAAAUGGGAUUUAGAAGAUAAAGAAGCCUAUGACUUAGCUCAAAGAUCCAUUUAUCAUGCUACUUAUAGGGAUGCAUACUCUGGUGGAAUAAUUAGAGUUUAUCAUAUUAAAGAAACAGGAUGGGUAAACAUAUCAGAAAUUGAUUGCAAAGAGUUGCAUUAUAAAUAUCAAAAGGAAAAAGGCCUUCUUCCAGCAUAA